AUGGCUGCCAAGGUGGCCAAGCCAGUGCCCACAUCAGCAAAGCAGGCCGUGGAGGAGGGCCUGGAGGCGUUCAAUGAGAGGAAGGACUAUGCAGAGGCCCUUCGACUCUUUAACGCCGCAAUGGGGCUCAAGCCCACGAACGAGGAGGCAAGCGCGGCCCUGUACAACGCUGGGUGCGCCCACGCCAAGCAGAAGGAGUGGCAGAAAGCGUCGGACGCGAUCCUCAGAGCCGUGAACGACUACAACCUGAAGCUAUCCGUAGCAUUGCAG